AUGUCUACCGUCAUCAACCUUUCUUCUCCCCAACUUCUCUCUUUCCACCGUUCACCCUCUUUUUAUCCCCAAAAUACCCCUACUCUUUCAUUCAAUUCACCCCCCUACUCUUCUUCAAUCCCACGCCCAAUUUCCCUCAAACCCUACCACCAUGCACGAAAGCCUCACACAUGCCUGGUGGCCAUGGCCGUGAAAAACCUCGCCGACACGGAUUUGGUGACGGUGUCUGACGACGGACCCACCGGAGAAUUGCCUCCGGAAGCCGGAGUUUACGCUGUUUAUGGUAAGGAUGGCGAGCUUCAGUUCAUCGGUUUGUCGCGUAAUAUUGCUGCAACUGUUUUGGCGCACCGGAAAUCGGUUCCAGAGCUUUGUGGUUCCGUUAAGGUCGGGGUAGUGGAAGAACCUGACAGAGAAGCUCUAACCCAAGCGUGGAAGUCAUGGAUGGAAGAUCACAUAAAAACCACAGGCAAAGUUCCACCUGGUAAUGAAUCCGGAAAUGCCACUUGGAUAAGACAACAACCUAAGAAGAAGCCUGAUCUUCGAUUAACACCUGGUCGUCAUGUGCAAUUAACCGUCUCUCUUGACGAGCUCGUAGACAAGUUAGUUAAAGAAAACAAAGUAGUUGCAUUCAUCAAGGGAUCAAGAACUGCGCCCUUAUGCGGAUUCUCACAAAAGGUGAUAGGUAUUCUGGAAAAGGAAGGAGUAGAUUAUGAGAGUGUGGAUGUGUUGGAUGAAGAUUAUAACUAUGGAUUGAGGGAGACAGUUAAAAAGUAUAGUAACUGGCCUACAUUCCCUCAGAUAUUUUUGAAUGGUGAACUUGUUGGUGGUUGUGAUAUAUUGACAUCCAUGCAUGAAAAAGGUGAAGUGGCUGGUUUGUUCAAAAACUAA